CGUCGUUGUUGUCGCCGAGUUUGUUACGUUUGGGAAAUAAACAGCGUUUCGAACAACUGAGAGAAAAAAACAGUCAAGCAACAAACGACAAUUAAAAAAAACUCUUGGGAAGAUAAAGACGCGAGAAAAGUGAGCUUCGAAGAAACGCGUGCUGCACUCCCGUGUGAUCUUCGAUCGGGCUAAUGUUUUUCGCAAGAUUGAUACGUGCGAGUAUCGUCGCCGAGGCCGCCGGAUUUUGACGCAUUCGCAUCGCAUAUCACGGGUAUAUCUACUGGUGCCGCCGACGCCGGAACGUACGUGUACUUUGCUUUGCACAUGUGACGAAAAUAGGAUUAACAUAUUCGUACGCACGUGCCGCAGAACCAUGUGCUUUUGCGAUCAUCGAACAACAAGAACGAAUAAUCGAGAAAUAUAUUGCACGGUAAGUGCAUAACGUCGUGUAAUAUACUGAGAUUUGUUGAAGAGAUCAGUUGAAAUUGUCAAUCAGGUGACCUUUUAAGAUUAUCGAAUUGUUGUAUAAACAUUUGAGAGAAAAGAAAAGAGAGAAAUAGAGAGGUUAGGUUCCGCCACACAAUCGCAAACAGUGCGAGAAUUACAAACCACUUGCGAUUUAUGAGUCGUGACGGCAGUUUGUUUUCUGUUGAACAAUAUAUACUUGAUACUUACGUAUCAUACACAAAAAGAAAUAUAUAUUUAAUAUAAAUAUAUAUAUGUAUGUAUAUAUAUUAAAGAAAUAUAUAUUGUAUGCAUGCAAAAGCUUUGCAUGAUUAGACAAUUUGUAAAGAAAGAUCUACCGAAGAGACAGAAUUGUGGAUUUGUCCGUUUUCUACACUUUAACAUUGAGUAAGCUCGAGGAAAACAUGGCGGAUAGGAAAAGUUUGACGUUAACGCAGCAAAGAUACGGAUUGUUCUCGGAUAACUUGUUCAAUAGCACGGAGGUUCAAGAAGUCUUUCAAAAGCACUGGCACGAACGUGUGAAGAUAUAUCACGACGUUGACAGGUCGUCCGACGUCUACUUCAACAUUUAUCCAAAACCUUUUAGACACUGCAAAAUAUCGCAUUUCAUAAAAAGUAAAAAGUUCCUAAGUGAUUUAAUGACAGAAGUGGACAAGCUUGAUCACGUGCAAUUAACCAGUGAUCUUUACAAAUUUUCAAAAAGCAUGGACCUGUCCGAAGUUCCUGGUGACAACAUCCAGUUGUUGUACAGAGCUUUACAGAUAGACCUGGGAUUGUGGUUGGAACGUAAUACAGGCAUCAAGUUAAACACAAAAGUGACAAUGACAAGUUCUCGUUACUACGAUACGGACUAUUUACUGUGCCACGAUGAUAACAUGUGUCACACCAGGAAGAUAGCAUUUAUAUUGUAUUUACACAAAGGUUGGGGACUGCACGACGGAGGUAGUUUAGAUAUUUUUGACACAGACGAACACGGUCAACCCAGAGAAAUAGUACAUACAAUUGUACCGGCUCACAAUUCUCUCGUUUUCUUCGAAGUUUCGGAUAAAUCCUACCAUCAAGUGGCCGAGGUAGAGGCUGCCAAUAAAUGCAGAUGGUCAAUUAACGGUUGGUUUCACGGUUCUUUGAGAAACGAUCAAAAGGAGAUAAUGAUAAAAUUGUGGCCAGAAAAAGUAUUUUUCGAACCAAGCGCUGAAGAAAAUUUGAAAUCGUGGAUUAGUCGUAAUUAUCUGUCGUCUAAUGUAAUAAAAGAUAUUCACAAGAAUGUGGAACAACAGUCUUACAUAUUGAUUCCAACCUUCGUGAAGCCCUCUGUGUUUGAGAUGCUCACGAACGCCAUACAGGCGGAAGAUAUCACCUGGCGAUUGGUGGGUCCACCUAACUUACGUACCUACGAGAUAGCUGACGAGGAAACCUUGCCGUUAUGUCUCAAACUAUUUCUCAACAUGUUCAAAUCCAAAUCCUUCUUUCGACUGUUAACUAAGUACACGGGACUCAGCUUGAUGCCCGAUCAGCAAGCUGUGAGACCUACAAUGACAAUAGAGCUGCAAAGAUGGUCAAAAGGUUGUUACACACUUUUGUGUGAUACUCGCAAGUUGGCGAGUUCCGAUUCGGACUCGAGACUCGCUCGUCCUUCGGAUGAUGACACAUCAUUGAGAAGUACCACGAACACCACAUCGUCGACGGACGUCGCAUCACUCUCGAGGUCUGACGCGAAAAUCAGUCCAACGAAUCGAAAUAAAAAAAGCAUCAGUUCUCCUUCGUCUGAUGGUACUUUCGGAAAGGUAGCCAAGUAUUCCGACAGUCCUUCGGACGAAACAUCAUUGACUAAUACCACAAACGUCACAUCAUUGACUAAUACCACGAACGUCACAUCGUCGACGGACGUCGCAUCAUCUUCGAAGUCUGACGCGAAAAGCAGUCAAACGAAUCGAAAUAAAAGAACCAUCAGAACUUCUCCGUCCGAUGGUAUUUGCGAAAAGGUAGCCAAGUAUUCCGACAGUCAGAAGAACGUCAUCACCAGCUCUUCGAGUACAAACAAGGAUGCAGAAUUAACGAAAGAAUCUUCUCCCGAGGUUCUUUCGUCGGACGACUCCCGAUCCACAUCAAUUGACGAUUACUUGUCGUCGGACAUGGAGUUAAGCAACGGUUCCAGUGACGAUUACACGUCCGAUUCUGACGACAGCAACGCCGAAUAUGUGCUCGACGUUAUACUGCAGUUUCACAACAAGUGUUCCCGCAAACUUAGCACUUUCGAUUAUGUGGACCCUAAUAACGAGAACGGCGUUUUCAUUCAAGUCCCGCAGAAAGACAAUCAUCUUUUGAUAGUUUACAGACAGACGCGAGUGUAUCGUUUCCAUCCGUACAUAAAUCACCUGUUCGACGGUUACUUUUACAACUUGGUGUGCACUUAUCGCGAAUAGCGCGUAGUAAAUGUCUGGAACAAUAUUGCGUCUUCGUCAAUAAAACCGAUAUAAAUCAAAAGACCGGUGCGUACCGCACAAGUCAAUGUGGCAAACAUCGUCGUUAUUUGCAUUCAUAUUGAAAAUUAAGUUUUUUUGGUGAAACGCGCAACGUCAUCUAUCAGAUAUCAUGGUGCAAAAAUUUACAUAACAAUAUAUUAUUGUUGUACAUAUUUGUCAGAACAUUUACUUGUAGUCGCAUUUGGUUUUUUUCCCUCCCAACAAAAUGUAAAUAUAUGACACAUUUAUAAAUGUAAAUACAUAUGUAUG